AUGAAUAUUCAGAAAUUAGAAACACUGAGUAGUGAAAAAUUGCCACAAGAGAGUUAUUGCGAGAUUCUUGGAGCAGCUAUUUGUCUUGAUUAUUAUGCUGGAUGGGCUGAUAAAAUCACUGGUGAAACACUUUCAUCAGAAUCAGGUAUUUUUAUUACCUAUAUUAAACAUGAAUCAGUUGGGAUCUAUGAACAAAUCAUUUUAUGGUAUAUUAGUAUAUUGGUCGAAUUAACUCGUCUUGAAGGUACAAAACAUGAUAAUCUCAUAUCUUUACAAAUGCUUGAUGUUGCUGUUCGUGUUGAAUCUAUUCGUUCAUUUGCUUGUAAUCAAAUGAUAGAAAUUUGUCAAAAAUAA